AUGAGUGGCAAGGUUUCGAUCAGCUUGGAUGAAAUUCUGGUCAAGCUUGCUUCCCAGAUAGAAAAGAAUCACAGUGCUAAGGAACAUGCGGACCAUCAGAUAAACUCGUACACUGCAGAAAUCACAGAAAUAAAGAAUGAAAUUGCUUGGUUGGAGGAAAAUAUAAAGAAAAGCAAUGAGGCAAUUGCUGAUUUGCAAAAGCACAACGAGAACAGCAAGAGGCACUGUGAUGCCUGGAAGCCCACCUAUGUAAUUCUUAAAAAGCAUGGAGAAUAUUUGAACAAUGAAAUGAAAGCUUUAGAGGAAGCCACAGAAACUGAGAGGAAAAUAUAUGAGGAUUCCAUAACCCAGUGUAGGAUGAAUUUGGAGGAACAACACAAAAAAUAUACAGAAACUGCUCUGGCCCAGAAGUAUUACCAAAUAAAGGAAGAAGUUGAAGAAAUUCAAAAGGGAGUUUUGAAAUGCCUUGAAAAAUACAAAUGGAAAGAAGAUGCUUGCUUGGAUAUUCUGGAGGCUGUUCCUUUUGCAUCCAUAAAUAAUUGGGCUGUACACAUUGCCUCUAUGAGGACAAAAACACAGGAAACCCUGCAGCUUGCUGGAGCUGCUGCACAGGAAACCAUCAAACUGGAAAAAGAAGCUGAAGAAUUACAAAUGAAAUUUGACUGUUUAACAAAGGUAACUAGCUUCAAAGAGACUAAAGAAGAUCAAAAUAAUUCCGAAAAGAUUGAAGGAAAAAAUCAGAAAAGUCUUGAGAAGCCAAAACUGUUUAAAGAAAGGGUGUUUGAAGAGCGUGAAUGCCCAUCUUUGCCAAAGGGGAAACACCGGCUGUUUAAAACAUUGCAUGUCCCUCAGAAAUUUGUCCAGUCUCUACAGAGUUUUAGAUUCUCAAAGCAAAGACCAGAAACAGGGAAAGAAGAAAAAGAGAAAUCAGUGGAACUUUCAGUGGCCACCAGCAGUUCCUCUAACCUUGCAAAAAAUUUAUCACAGACAAUGGUUAUUGAGACUGCAGAGACUAAUUGCCCAGAAAUUGCCCAAGUUCCAUCAACAGUAAGCAUAAAAAACGAAGGGAAAUUCAGACUGUCAGAUCUUCCAAAGCAGUUGACUUCCUAUCAACAGUUUGAGAGUGGAAAUGCAAGAAUGGCAAGCCAGGAGGCCAAACAUGUUGAUGAAGAAGCAGAUGAGCACAUGGACUGUUUGUAUGUACCUCAAGAUGUGCACACAGGUUUUAAGCCAAAUGAAGAUAAUCCUGCCACAGAAGAAGAAAGUGCAGAACCUUUCUUAAGAGCACCUAAAACACCUGACUUAAAGGGGAAAAACCCACACUUCUCAAAAACACCUCUAUUUGACUCCAUUCAAAAUUUAGGUUGUGAAGAAGGAACAUCAAAAUCUCCUGCUUUCUUUUCUCACAUGAACUUCACCCAGAAGUCACCUGGCUUUAAUUUAUUUUAUUCUUCUCUGUUUGGAGCACAAAAUUCAUCUGAUGAGACAGAGGAAAAUUAUCCUGUGGGAAACCUGAACUCUCUGUCCUCACAUGAAGAUAUUGGAAGUGUCUUUGGGAAACCAGAAAAUGAGGUUGCAUUUGCCUUUCCCUCCCCCUCGGAAUCAACUUCUCAUGCAUUUGGAGAUGGAAAAGAUGAUGUUAGUUUUUCAUUUGCAUUUGGACAGGAUCAGAGAUCACCACAGUCUCCUUCUAUGAAAGGUUUUCAUUCUUCCACACAAAAUACAAAGCCAUUUACAUUCUUUUGAAUACCUUUGACUUCCUUUAAAUUAUUUUCCUACUUAGCCUUGAAAAAUGUUUCCAGUUUCUUGAGUUAAAGUACAGAGCAUUUCUUCUCCUUCCAUUUCUUGUAAGAAUACAUAAUUGCAAUUGCUGCAAAGUGAGUUCAUCAACCACACAUUCUGAGAUUUUCUUACUUAUCUUUGAAAUGUGUUUGUUCAUAAACUGUUAUUAUAUG